UUGUGUUUCCUAUUCGGAAUGCAAACGAAUUAGAACUUGUAUAACAAAAAAAAACGGAAUCGUAUAUAGCUGCUACAAACCUGUACGUUGGACAUGAUGCUCGGUCGAUCUUGAAUGAUGUACGAUAGUACGAUGCUAGCAACGUCCGAUCGCUCGCGCUUUUAUUCACUCUUUCGACGCCCGCGAGACUCUUGCUGUUACAUAGAUGUUUUUUUUGUCUGUCGUAUAUGAUAAAUAGUUACUCAUCGCCUCAAGUUUACCGAUUGGUAUGUUAUAUCGAGACGGUUGUGCAAUAUCCUUGCGAUUAGUCGUAUGUCUACAGAGCAAUUAGCACCCCUAAACAUAUCUCUUUCGAGGUGAAGGGUAUAUAGGUUUUUGUGUCACGCAAACGUGAUGUAUUACUUAUUGUUAGUAGUGGUCAUCACUGCAUCUUUCCGGAUUUGUAAUGUAUAGCAAUACGUUUACGCAAUAUCCUGGCGACUAGUCGUCCGUCUGCGGUCAGCGUAUCGUUCACUCUGUCGAUGUGAACGGUAGAGAUUUAUUGCCAGGCAUACGAGAUGUAUUAUCUAUUAGAAGUCGUCUGCGGUCAUUUAUCGUUCCAAACAUCUCUCGAUCUGCGGUCAGCUAUUGUCCCAAACAUCUCUCUCGAGUGGAAUGGUAGAGAGUUAGUAGUGUCAGGCAUACGAAAUAUAUGUAUAAGUGGUAAUACGCAUUGCCGCUAGUUGUUUUUUUGCUGUCGAAUUGUAUGUCGGUACGCCUUCGCUCUAUCUAUAACGCACAAGUCGUCCGUCGCAGCCAUUGUCUCGAUGUGUAUGUUAGCUCGCUACGUUUUACGCAAUAUCCGUGUGAUGAAUCGUCUGUUUCGCAUCUUGAGUCGAACGGUAUAAAUUCAGUGGUAGGUGUGCGAGAUUUCGUAUAAGACUUUUCUCGCUUGGGACGUUGCACGUAUGUGCGAAGUUUGUGUGAAAAAUAACCAUGGAGCAACUGUAUGGUUUGAUGCUGAUGACUGACACCGUCACUCGUGAAGUGAAUGAAUUCGCGAAAACAUUGGAUACUCUAGCGGCGACCGUGCGAAAUAUGUAUACUGAUUUGGACAACCUGAAGAAGAGUCUUCCAACGUUUGUAACGAUGAACGUUAAUUUGCUCGUGCACGAGAAAUCGCUAUAUACAUUAAAAGACAUUCGGAGCUUCGUACAGGAUAUGUCUACUCCCGUGGACGAUUACGCAAAUAAAUUGAAUGAGGUAUACGCGGAGCUGCAUGCUUCGAUAAGGGUGUCGGAAAUCAAUCAGAGCAGAAAUCAAAGACAAAAUAUGACGUCUGAUGAAAGUAAUGCACAGACGCAGACGCAGACGCAGACGCAGAUUGUGGUGAUGCAUCUAGGAACGCAGGGAGAGAAAGAGACAGAAUGUGCGAGUAAACACUAAUACGAUGAAUAUGCUUUUUUCAUGUGUAAUAUACGUGUACAACUGGUAAAGUACACUACUGGAAUAAAUACUGGUGGAAGAAGAUACAUAUAGCGGGAUAAUGGUGCGAGUAAACACUAAUACGAUGAAUAUGCUUUUUUUCAUGUGUAACAUAUAUAUUUGUACAACUGGUAAAGUACACUACUGGAAUAAAUACUGGUGGAAAAAUAGACAUAUAGCGGGAUAGUGUAUGUAUGGAGGAGUAAGUAGAGAGAGAGAGAGAGAGAGAG